AUAGUAUUAUGCAGCUAUAGCACUGCUGUAUAUCAAAGUGGGGGAUUUAAGGAAUUUAGGAAGACAGGACUAGACAGGACAUCUGGCUUUUUAACCAUGUGGCUUUAUAAUGUUUUGCUUAGUUUNGACCUUAAAGGGCUGCUGCUAUUUGUUUUUUUCUUUCUUCUGGUAGCUGAUUUCCUCAAUAACAGAAAACCACCAAAUUAUCCUCCAGGACCAAAGGGUCUGCCUUUUGUGGGGAUUUUCUUCAGCGUUGACACGAAACACCCUCACCUUUAUUUCAACAAGCUGAGUGAUGAGUUCGGGAACGUCUUCAGUGUCCGUAUGGGCAGGGACAAAGCCGUGUUUCUGACUGGAUAUAAGAUGAUCAAAGAAGCCCUCGUGACACAGGCUGAGAACUUUGUGGACCGACCAUUUAGUCCAAUGGCUGAGAGGUUUUAUUCAGGCUCAGGUGGUUUGUUCUUGAGUAAUGGUGAAACAUGGAAGAAGCACCGGCGCUUUGCCUUGUCGACCUUACGCACCUUUGGCCUGGGAAAAAACAUAAUUGAAAACAGCAUCCUGGAGGAGAUACGAUACCUGCAGGAUGUGAUCGAAAAUGAAAAAGGUGAACCUUUUAGCACAUCAAUUAUCUUCAACAAUGCUGCAUCCAACAUCAUUAGCCAGAUGGUGAUGAGGAGACGCUUCGAAUACAGUGACCACAACAACCAGAACUUGCUAAAAGAUCUGUCAGACCUUUUUAAACUGGAGGGCUCUGUAUGGGGUAAACUCUAUGAGUCAUUCCCCAGUGUGAUGAAGCACUUACCAGGUCCUCACAACAAAUUAUUUACAAACUUUGACCUGGUCAAAGAUUUCAUCCAUGAGGAGGUAGAGAAGCACAAGAAAGACCUGGACCACAACAAUCCUCGGGACUACAUUGAUACUUUCCUUAUUGAAAUGGACAAGCACAAAGAACCUGAACUUGGCUUCAAUGAGACAAAUCUGACUCUGUGCUCUCUGGAUUUGUUCCUAGCUGGAACCGAGACCACUUCUACCACUUUACAGUGGGCUUUGGUUUACCUGAUCAACCACCCAGAUGUUCAGGAAAAAGUCCAAGAAGAGAUAGACAAAGUGAUUGGACAGAGUCGUCUUCCUAGUAUGGCUGACAGAUCCAACAUGCCCUACACUGAUGCUGUCAUUCAUGAGAUCCAGAGGAUGGGAAACAUUGUUCCCAUGAAUGCACUCAGAAUGGCGGCUAAAGACACAACGCUGGGCGGUUACUUCAUUCCAAAGGGUACCGCCAUAAUGCCCCUGCUGACCUCUGUGAUGUUUGACAAGAGUCAGUGGGAGACUCCAGACACCUUCAAUCCUGGACACUUCCUGGACGCUGAGGGGAAGUUUGUGAAGAAAGAAGCACAUCUGCCCUUUUCUGCAGGUAAACGUGUGUGUCUUGGAGAAGGACUGGCCAGGAUGGAAAUUUUUCUGUUUCUGGUAGCUUUGCUUCAGAGGUUCUCCUUCACUGUUCCUGAUGGGGUGAAGCUGAGCACAGAAGGAAUCACUGGAACAACACGAGUUCCACAUCCAUUCAAGGUUCAAGCCAGAGUUCGCCAACAGAGCAGCUCUUCUCUGCAUUCACAGCUUGCUGAUGUGUACGGGAAUGUGUUCUGUAUUCGCCUGGGUAGACACAAAACCGUGUUUGUGUCUGGGUGGAAGAUGGUGAAGCAAGCUAUAGUGACACAGGCUGACAUCUUCGUGGAUCGACCCUACAGCCCAAUGGUGAACAGGAUUUAUUCAGGAAACUCAGGUCUUUUCUUCAGCAAUGGCAGGGUGUGGAGGAGACAGCGUCGGUUUGCCAUGACCAUGUUACGUACCUUUGGGCCGAACUGCUCAGAGCAGAGCAUCUAUGAAGAGAGCAGACACCUUCUAGAGGCAAUGGAAAAGAAGACAGGUGAGCUCUUUGACCCUGCUCCCCUUCUGCUCAACGCUGUAGCCAACAUCAUCUGCCAGAUUGUGUUUGGAAGACGAUUUGACUACAGUGACCACGACUUUCAGAGCAUGCUGCAAAGUCUGACUGAAAUGGCAUAUUUAGAAGGCUCUGUAUGGGCUCUGCUUUACGAUUCUUUCCCAUCUCUGAUGAAAUACCUGCCGGGGCCUCACAAUCGCAUCUUCGCCAACUCCAAGUCUUUGGAGGGAUUUAUCACGAGAGAGGUAGAAGAUCACAAGCUGGACCUGGACCUGGACAACCCACAUGACUACAUCGACACCUUCCUAAUAGAGAUGAAUCACCGCAAAAGCAGUGAGCAAGGUUUCGAGGAAACAAAUCUGGUACACUGUUGUCUGGAUCUCUUUCUCGCUGGCAGUGAAACUACUUCCAAGGCCUUGCAGUGGGGCUUGAUCUACCUCAUUAUGAACCCUGAGAUCCAAGUUAGAGUCCAAGCAGAGAUAGACAGAGUGAUUGGACGGAGUCGUCUUCCUAGUAUGGCCGACAGAUCCAACAUGCCCUACACUGAUGCUGUCAUCCACGAGAUCCAGAGGAUGGGAAACAUUGUUCCUCUGAAUGGACUUAGAAUGGCGACCAGAGACACAACGCUGGGAGGUUACUUCAUACCAAAGGGAACCUCAGUGAUGCCCAACCUGACAUCUGUGCUGUUUGACAAGACCGAGUGGGAAACUCCACACACCUUCAACCCCGGACACUUCUUAGAUGCUGAGGGGAAGUUUGUAAAAAGGGAGGCGUUUUUACCUUUUUCUGCAGGAAAACGUGCAUGCCUGGGAGAAGGCCUGGCCAGGAUGGAGCUGUUCCUGUUCUUUGUUAGUCUGUUACAGAAGUUUUCCUUCUCCACCAAGGAUGCAACUCAGCUGAGCACAGAGGGAAUCACUGGAGCUACACGCGCACCACAUCCAUUCAAGAUCUACGCAGUAGCCCGCUCAACUCUCUAACUGUUAUCUUAUUUAAAAAUCUUUAUAUGUUAAUUAUCCAUCUAUUCUUUCCUUUGGGUCAUAUCCCUAAAUGUUGUUCAAACCAGAUUAACUGCUUAUUUAAUCCACAGCUACCACGUGAUUAAUCUGAUUACAAAUGUUUGUGUGUGUUAAGUAUGCGAAGGGACAGGAAGGUUUUAAGAAAAAAUAUUUUAUUCACAGGAAACCCAAAUACUAACUUUAUAAAUUCUACAUGCCUAUAACAAUUUGGGAUUUUACAUCAAAACUCUUUUUGAUUUUUUCUACUAGAUUUUAUUCCCUGCUGUGUUUGAUAUUUGAUUGUACGUCUUAGAUUUCUACAAAUUAGUUUCGUUUUUUUUUUUUAAACCAACAAUCCACAUAAAUCAGCCGUAGAACACAUUGACACAUUCUGACACAGCGAAACCAUGAAAAUACUUCACUCCUGGUACUGCUGAGCUAACGCGGUAACCAAGACGGCCCUUUCACAUGGUGAAACCAGUUAAACCCAAAACCAAACACGUUCUUACCCUAACCCUCUGCUUUGACAUUCAUUAAAAAAAAAAAGAAAGUUACAAUUUGGAUGUCGCUGUAAAUGCUAAAAC